CCUCCGCGCAGCCUCGAUACCCCUUCACUCCCUCCGUAGGUCCUGGUAUUCCCAAUACCUUCACCUCCACAUUCGCCAUCGAUAGCAGAUGCUUGUUUCCGUUCAAGUACUGCCAUCAUGUCUUCUCCCACAUCCCGCCGAACACGAAAUUCCGCCUCCGCGACCCCUCGACGAAGCACUCGUUCCUCGCAAGUCCCACAAAGCUCGCCAACCGCUCAGCUCGCAUCGGAGGCCUCGCAGGCGUCCGAUCGACAGUCCAACGCUGGUACCAGCCUUGAUGGAACGCCGAGGGCCUCGCAAUCGCAGCAACGGAGCGGCACAACGUCCUCGCCCCUGUUCUUCAACUCGUCUCCCGCGCACAGGUUGAGCCAGCAGACGGCCGCCAAUGUCAGCUCGCCGUUGAAAUCGCAACUAGACGAUGGCGAGACAACCCCGAGAGCCAGUCAGAACAUCAGAGAUUCUUCUCCAAUCCACUAUGCCUCCAGUUCCUCGCCCGGACGGGUGCGAAGCUCCCAAGCCCGUGAUAACAUCCAUAGCAGCAGCAGUGCACUCUUCGUGCGCGGAUCCGGUACGCCAGCGCGGAACCGCCGCCAUGAUAUCAAUUCCGAUGUGUUUGGCUCCAGCGGUGCACGACGUCGUCGCAUGUUCGUCGAUGAAAACGGCAUGGUUGUGGGAGGUUCGGAUGCUGCCACUUUCUCCAACCUGGACCCGAAUACCUCUGACGCGGAUGCAUUGGCCGGGAACUCCAGCAGCGUGAUCUGGGGGACCAAUAUCUCGGUUGCGAACUCCAUGCAUGCCUUUAAGGACUUCUUGUUGAAUUAUGAGAGGAAGUACCGCAUGGUGCGCGAUGGGGAACUGCCGGAUACCCAGAGUAUUCCGUACGAUGAUCCGGGAAGAACGAAGGAGUACGUUGAGAUGAUGCAGAUGAUGUUGGAACUGGGCGUCACUGCGUUUAAUCUCGAUGCCAGGAAUCUGAAGGCCUAUCCGCCUACUACGAAGCUGUGGCACCAGCUGCAGGCUUUCCCGAACGAGAUCAUACCGAUCAUGGAUCAAGGCCUGAAAGAUACAUUGGUCGAAUUGGCCCAGAAAAAGAUGAAUGACAUUCGUUCUCAGUCACAGCGUACGCAGCAUACGACGCAGUCGUCCCGAGUUCGAGGAUCAAGCUCCCUCCCUCCUCAUCCUAGCUCUGAUGCGGAGAUGGGCAACGGCCAGACUGCCCCCCCUGAAGAAAUCGAUGAUCUUGUCAAUGAGGUCGAGGUCAACGUGUACCGAGUUCGACCCUUUGGGCUGGAUAACACCGUCAAUCUGCGUGACCUGAACCCUGCCGAUAUGGACAAGCUUGUCAGCAUCAAAGGGCUUGUGAUUCGCACUACCCCUAUUAUUCCCGACAUGAAGGAUGCCUUCUUCCGUUGCGCGGUGUGCAAUCACACAGUGCGCGUUGACAUUGACCGUGGAAAGAUCGCUGAGCCUACAAGGUGCCCACGAACCGGAUGCGAGGCAUCUAAUGCGAUGCAGAUCGUGCAUAAUCGGUCUGGGUUUGCUGAUAAGCAAGUCAUCAAGCUGCAAGAGACCCCCGACAGUGUCCCGGAUGGCCAGACACCUCACUCCGUAUCCGUGUGUGUCUACGACGAGCUGGUAGAUGUCUGCAAAGCCGGUGACCGCGUCGAAAUCACGGGUAUCUUCAAGAGCAAUCAGGUUCGGGUGAACCCUCGUCAACGUACCGUCAAGAACAUCUUCAAGACGUAUGUCGACGGUCUUCACAUCCAGAAGGUCGACAAGAAGCGCAUGGGGAUCGACACCUCUACCGUUGAAGAGGAUCUGGCGGAGCAAGCUACGGGAGACACGGAAGAGAACCGCAAGAUCUCGGCAGAAGAAGAGGCGAAGAUCAAGGAAAUCGCCGGGCGAGCCGAUGUAUACGAGCUUCUUUCUCGUUCCCUUGCCCCUAGCAUCUACGAGAUGGACGAUGUGAAGAAGGGCAUUCUCCUCCAACUCUUUGGGGGUACGAACAAGUCCUUCGAGAAGGGUGGAAGUCCGAAGUACCGCGGAGAUAUCAACGUCCUUCUCUGCGGUGAUCCUUCGACGUCAAAGUCACAGCUGUUGAAGUACGUCCACAAGAUUGCUCCGCGUGGAGUGUACACCAGCGGCAAGGGUUCAUCGGCCGUUGGUUUGACGGCCUAUGUGACUCGGGAUCCAGAAACUCGCCAACUGGUUCUCGAGUCCGGAGCACUGGUCCUCUCCGAUGGUGGUGUCUGUUGCAUCGAUGAAUUCGACAAAAUGAGCGACGCCACUCGCAGUGUGCUUCAUGAAGUGAUGGAGCAGCAGACCGUUUCUAUCGCGAAGGCCGGGAUCAUCACGACACUGAAUGCUCGCACCAGCAUUUUGGCAUCGGCGAACCCUAUUGGAAGCAAAUACAAUCCCAAUCUGCCGGUUCCCGCCAACAUCGAUCUACCGCCAACCCUCCUCUCUAGGUUCGAUCUCGUCUACCUCGUCCUCGACCAGGUCGAUGAGAUGCACGAUCGGCGAUUGGCACGGCAUUUGGUCGGCAUGUACCUAGAAGACGCUCCCGAGAAUGCGGCGAGUAAGGAGGUACUGCCCGUCGAGUUCCUCACGGCCUAUAUCUCCUACGCCCGCCAGGUCUGCACUCCCCGCAUCACCGAAGGCGCUGCCCGCCGCCUCUCCGACGCCUACGUCGCUAUGCGCGCCCUCGGCUCCGACGUGCGGUCCGCGGACCGGCGCAUCACCGCGACGACGCGGCAACUGGAGUCCAUGAUCCGCCUCGCCGAAGCGCACGCCAAGAUGCGACUCGCGGAAACCGUCGAGGAAUCCGACGUCGACGAAGCAGUGCGGCUAAUUAAGAGCGCGCUAAAGCAGGCGGCGACGGACGCGCGGACGGGAUUGAUAGACAUGGGGUUGUUGACGGAGGGGAUGGGGGCGGGGGAGCGGCGAAGGAGGGAGGACUUGAAGGGGGCAGUGGGGGCGGUGGUGGAGGAGUUAGGGGGCGCGGGGGCGGGAGUGAGGGUGGGAGAUUUGGUGAGGCGGUUGGGGGAGCGGGCGCAGGCUGGAGGUGGAGGGGAGAUUGAGAAUGGGGAGGUGAUGGACGCGUUGAGGGCGCUGGAGGCCGAGGGGAAGGUUAGAGUGUCCGGCGAGGGUGCAAGGAAGGUGGUGAGGAAGGUGGUUGGCGCAGUCUGAUUGUCCGGCUUGGGAUAGGGGUUCAGGAGUUCAGUGGCUUCUGGUGGAGACGGAUGAGCUUGGCUUGAGGGCAAUGAUUCGGAACGGAUACCUGGUUUCGGACUUUUAACGAUAUAGAGCUACUAGUAAUGAAAGAUGUUUUGAAUC